UUACGACAGUCAGUCGGAUGUGACAUUGCGCCUGCGCAUGAGGAGGUUCAGCGCCGUCCACUGUAGUAUCACAACAUUGCCGGAGGUUAAAGCAUACGAGUAGUUCAUGUAAUCAAAUGCCUAAACGAUUAAGAUAUCCAAACGGCCUGGCUUUGCUACGGGUCAAAAGAGACCACCACUAGAUAAAUGAUACGCUGAUCUUAAGAAAGCCUUCUGUGGUCGAGAAAAACAAAGGUGCAAGCGAAACGAAGCGAACCGUUUCGGUACACUGCUCACUGAGACUGGGCCUGGCAGGUCCAUCAAGGCAGCACGUGUUAUGUUGGGAAAAGCUAUACACACAUGCAGGCGGUUCGGCCGCUUCAGUAGAACUGGGCUAAAGGGAAUAUGUGGCACGCAUUCAGCCCCCCUAUCAACUUACCAAGCACCACCUCCCAUCCCGGGUUCAAGCAUGACAGCGUUCCAAGCAAUGAACCUGUGGAGAAGGUGCUUUGAGGAGAGGGGUGUGGCGGAACCCGACCAGUCCAGCCAGUACAUAGUUGCACAUCUGCUGGGUGCUAAAACGAUAGAAAGCCUCGGCCAUGAAAAGUUGAACAAGCCUCUGAGUUGUGCAAAAAUGGAGCAGUUGUGGGAGCUUAGUGUCAAGCGGCUUUCCAGGAUGCCUGUGCAGUAUGUGAUUGAGGAGUGGGACUUUCGAGACUUGACCCUUAAGAUGAGACCACCUGUUUUCAUCCCAAGACCGGAAACAGAGGCACUCAAGAAGGGCCCAUUGCUCAGAGUUAAAGGAGCUAUAUGUAAGAAAGGGACUACUAAAUCAUAUAAGGAGUUGGUUGAACUAGUGCUUGCAGACCUCCAGGGAAAAGAGGACACUGGAAUGCAUGUAGUACCUCAGCUGACAUGCUUAGAAGUGGGCUGUGGUUCUGGAGCCAUCACGCUCAGUCUGCUGAAAGACCUUCCUCGGCUUAGAGCCAUUGCCUUGGAUCAAAGCAGGCAUGCAGUGGAUCUGACAAGAGAGAACGCACUAAGAUUAGGCCUUGAAGAUAGACUGCUGAUUCAUCAAGUAGAUGUCCUGAAAGAACCUGAAGUCCUUUUGAGUCUGGGUGACUCCAUCUCAACUUUGGUCAGCAAUCCUCCGUACCUGUUCUCAGAAGAUAUGACGUUCCUGGAACCAGAACUCCUAAGGUUUGAAGACCACGCUGCCCUAGAUGGAGGUGAGGACGGCCUGGACGUGAUCAAGCAGAUCUUGACAGCGGCUCCCAAGAUGUUAUCCAUUCAUGGACAUGUUUAUCUGGAGGUGGACCCAAGACACCCCCCGUUAAUCCAACAGUGGGUGAAGGAUCAUGUCCCCGGGCUGAGUUACCUGGAAACACGGCACGACAUCACAAACAGGUUGGUCUGGAGGAAGGAUCUGGGUCACUGCUACCCGGUCUUCACUCAAGGCUAAACAGUCAGGGGUGAAUUAGCUUUACGGUGAUGAACGCAAUUUCACAAACACAUUCUUGAUGAUUAAAGGGCAGCAGUGUCGGCGUGCGUGCGUUUGUCUCGGACGUAGGCUGCGUCUUGGUUCACUGUGGUGUCCUCAGCCACAAGUCCAGACACGGAUCAUUCCCAGUAUUACUGACGGAGAACUUCCUCUGCCCCAGGCCCCGCUUCUGCAUCCUUCGGAGGGAGCGGUAACACGAUGCAGGGCAGGACAGACCUCAUUCGGCGACCCAAAGUCUGGACUGUUUACCGUUAAAGACUCCACUUGAUGACUGCCUGCCCACCCCCCCCACACUAAAUUGGUAAACACAGAUUAAGGUUCCGAUCACACUGUUACUCACCAUCAACAAACACUCUCCCUUUUGUAUUAAUAUACAUUUGCCUACAGUUUUUUUCCGAGAGAGUUGGGGGCCAGGCGGUAGUGUGUGUGGUGUCAUCGCCAAAAGCUGUGCGCACGCCACAAGAGAGAGGCAAGCUCAAGGCUUGAGUUAAUUGCCCAAGCUUUUUCUCAGAAGCGGCCUUCCUGGAAUCUGCGGCUCCUAGAAAGCGUUCCCCGCCUCCGCGAAGCGGCCUCCCCUCCGCGAGCGCUCCCCACUCCCUCACACGCAGAUUGUUAACCAAAAACAUACAAUUUGGCCUUCGCUCUCUCACGCAAUGUACUUCUCACACACUUCAAGGCCGCCCAAGUAUUUGUCGAUUCAAAGGUCGCAGUCUGCGCGAAUAUCUAGAAUAACAAAAUGCCGUUUUAGGGGUAUGAAUAAUAAGCCAAAGAAUAUCAUCAAGUGCCGGAAAAUAAAGCAAGCCACACGAUGCGCUCCAGUUGAUUAUUUUUAAUAGAAAAAUGUUGAGACAAAAUAAGGUACAAAAUACUAAUAAUGACAAAAUGAACAAAACCAAUCGACGGCUCUGGAGUUGUGCACAUUGUGCACAUCCAGAACCAAUGGGGGUAGAAGAGAUGUGGAAAAUCCACACAUCUACAGUACCAAAGUGUUUCUUUGCAAUUCACCCCGUAGACGGACCGUGCCGCCGACUCUUGGGACAAAUCAAGUCUAAAUCCAGACACGAGUGUCAAGUGUUUGUUCCUGUAUAGAGUCUCUCCACCGUGUGCUCUUGCGUCCAGCAUUAAGAGCCUUGUGACUCUCCCCCCCCCCCCGCCGCACCACAGUGGUAUGGUUCCCUUUGUUCCGUUGAGGGCUCCGGCCCCAGGGAGCCCCUUCCAUCAUACCUUGAAGGGGUAGUCCUUGAUGAAGCCCAGCAGCGGCCUGGGAAGGGGCAGCCGUUCGGGCUGGUCCGAGUGUCUGUUGAUGGUGAGGCGCGUGAGGUGCUGCAGCGAGGGGAAGCCCUGGGACUUGUACACGGCGGUCCGCAGCUUCAACACCACCGAGGCCUCGUUGGCGCUCGGCUGCUUGGGCGGCGGCGGCGGCGGCGGCAGCUGCUGCUGCUGCGCGGCCUUGCAGGAGGAGCCCGUGUCCUCCGCCUUCUCCUCUCGGACCUUGCGGCCCGGGCCCAUGUAGUGCUCUACCAGGCUGGGCACGUCGGGGAAGGACAGCAUCCCCAGGCGGGCGGGGGGGCUGGAGUCCAGGAGGAACUGAGCCUGGCUGUACUGUAUCCUGAUGCUGGUGGGGCCGCGCGCCGUCCGGACGGACAGGGUCAGCAUGUACUGCGGGUGGCUGCUGUCCCGCACCAGGAAGGCCCCCUCAGAGGCCUCCUGGAGGGCGGCGUGCGCCUGGGCCGCAGUGAUGGCCCCCCAGUACCAACCUGCACACACACGGAGAGUUAGUACUGGUUCUGUGUGAGGAGUGGCUCGUUAUCAACAUUCGUAUGCUGAGAAGAGUUUAUAAAGCCUUCGUUUGGAUUUAUAUAUUUAUAUAAAUAUAUAUGUAUGUCUUCUCAUAAUUUAAACAGAGCUCUCAUGGGGUAAAAUGGAAAAUAAAACAACGAUCUUGGAUAGGCAUUAUGUGUUGUUGCAUUCUGGUUGGCGAGUCACUUGUGUGUCACUCUACCUGAGUUUUCUAGGUGACAGAAGUUGCUGGCUAUUGCCCGGAGGUCCUUGGUGGGAUCGCAUAUCAGAGGGGGGCUCUGUGCGCAGUGGGGUGGGGACACGGCUCCUGGUCGCAUGCCCAGGGGGAGUGCAGUCGAUGGGGCACGAGUAGGCAGAUGAGUCCUAGGACUGAUCAGGGAAAAAAGGAGUGUUGGUUAUUAAAGAGAUUCAAAAACAGAAAGCCUUUCUGAUAUGUGUUGACGUUCAACGUCAACACAUAUAGCAACAUGGCAACAUGGCAAUGUUGCAGCACAAUGGUCAUUACGUCUGCUACAUAGGCAAUAAUUAAUCUAUUUAGCUAAAUAAACUCAAUAAUAUUUUAACUUAAAUAGAAAUGUAAAGUGUGGAUAUUGUUUGUAACGAGGUAUGGAAAAUCAAUUAUUUAUUUGGGUUUGUCUGGUUGUUAGCUUUUUAGGUGAUUUUUCAGUUAAAUGUAUUUUAAGUGAAAAUUACUCAAUGGUUACUAUUGGAAGUCUAUAAAGGGUUAGACUUGUAGGUUAUUAUAUUCAGUAGGCUAAUAUUCAUAAUACGAAUUAGCUCAAAGGGCAAUAUACGUUUCUUUGGUCAUUAACUUAAGCUGAUGUGUAUUUUAAUAUUUUGUGUGGUGUGUGUGUUUGCAACUUAGUUUUAUGUUGUGGUCCACUAUUCUAUUCCAUAUGAGGCUAUUUUUUCGUAUAUGUUUGACAUACUAUGAUGCUUUAAAAGAAACACAAAAAAACGUGGACACUUAUGAAGAGUCUCGUAAAUGGUUGAUCGGUCUGAACAAAACAUUAUGUUCUCUCACAAAAAUAAUUGCACCUUACCUUUGAACACAAAGAAUCAUACUGAAUCCGGCAGCUUAAUUCCAAUUGACGAUUCCUCUUCCACAAAAUAAUAAAUGCAUAUGCCUAGGCGACAAAAUAAAUUACUUUCACAAGAAAUGAUGUCGGUCCCACCAGGAAAUAUUGGCAGCGUCAAGACGCGGAAAUGCUGAGCGCAUUGGUUGAAGGUCUAGAUUCCUCUGUUCAAGUAAACGCGACCGUAUCGCUAAUGUAUAUAGUCCCUAAACGUCCAACAACGCUAGAACAUAGACCAAGGCCAUAAAUAAAAACACUGAGCGGCUACACGGAGUGUUGGCUCCCGAAUGCGACGCAAACGUGUGAAGGACACAGUGUAGGCUUGGCUUUUAAAAAUCACCAAUUCCUAGAAUUCUAUUCUGAGAACUCUUCAGUUCACCAGCGGCUCUGACGUCACAUGAGCCGCACAGACUCCUGUUGGAUCACCGCGCGUACAGAACGGGUCGGAGCGGAGCGUCGCACCGUCGAACCUUAUUAUUUUUCCUAUUCUGUUAUUGUUAGUGUUCAACCAUGUGACCUUUUUGUUUUUUUAAUGUUUUAUGCGACGGGGUUUAUGAUCCCCCAUCCCCCCCGUCCAUGCACUCGGUGAACCAGCGCUCCCAGGAAUCGCAGACCAGCUUCCCCCUAUCCACUUUCCAAGAAUAAUUGCGAGUUAUCUCCGCCCACUGGGCUGUUUUGGCCUAUCCCACAUUCUCAGAAAUCGGCGCCUCACUAUUAAGAUAAUAGGAAUGCACACAGGCUGUUUCCAGUAAUAUAGAUUUUCCUUUGGUAUGAAAAAAACCCGAUGGUUUGGUAAGGAGUUUUGUUUAACUAAUUGCAGGCACAAAAUAAUCUCUUAAAACAUUUGUGAAAUACACUACUGUCACUUUAUGUUGGAUUAGAGUUGAUUAUACAUUGACGCCCCAAUAUCUAUAUUUGUUCUCCGAAAUUGAAUUUGUUUUCAUUGUUCAAUCGGUUUAGUUCAUUUCUCGGGAAAUCAAUUUGUAAAGCCUUCCACUCAAACCUCCAGAUAAAUUGUAUUUGCUUUGUCUCACUAUUUAGGCCUACGCAUGUUGUCUUGCAUUAGGAUUUUAUUUUGAAAAUAAGAUCAAAACAAUUUGAGUAUUUCAGAAUAUAGGCCCAAUAGUCUGAUCUGGAUUCGAGUAGCCAGACAUUUUGUGAAAUAUGAGAAAAAUAAGUAAAACAUUUAUAUAAUAAUACAAGUUAUGAAUAUAUAACUAGUAUAUACAAUACUAGUUAUAUAUUAUAUAUAGUAGUAGUUAUAAUAUAUAAUAAGUCAUAAUCCAAUUUCAAAGGAUUGAUUAUUUCCGAAAACACACCGAGAUUUUGAAACGUGCACCAAGUCGUGAGAUAUUCAGUUUUUAUCAAGAACUCGGGAGCUUUUCCUUUAAGCUAAUAAGAAACAGGGCUUUACUUGAAGCCGCAUAGAUACAGGGUUUUCCCUGAAGAGAUUGUUGAGACCUGCAGACUUGCUAGAAAGCACAAGGAGAGAGCAUGUGAGACUAAGUGCUUUUGUGUGUGGAGCACUCAGUGGUUCUGUGUAGUGGUUGGCCCUCGCCCAGACUCCAUUCCUCGUCUCCUUGUCGCUUAAGGCCUUGACAAUUGGGGGAUACUGAUGUAGAGUGAGACAUUGUUAUAUAUUAUACAUAUAUUAUACAUUGUACUGUACGAUAGCGACUCGACUUGCUAUGUUUGUGUGUAUUUCCACCAAUAAAUGAAAUUUGUUUUUUUUUCCGAUCUGCCUAGUUAAUAUGCAUGAACGAUGGAUUCAGAUGGAUCAAAUCAGUCUUGUUGGACAAGUGAAAAGAAAUUCAAACAGAUGUGGCUUACAAAAUCCAUAUGGGAAACAAUUACCGAUCUGACUUUAAAAUCUGAACGAACUCUGUCUAUUAAAAACGAGACCCAUGCAAUAAAAAUAAUAAGCAAGAUAAACCAUUCCAUCGCAUUGCAUGCACUAAAUGCUAUUCUGAGAGGGUCAGCGUUUCACUUCAUGUAUUUAUCUGUAAUAAUAGAAAAUAAAUCAAACCUGCGUAUGAGGGAAUCAACCUUGGGUACAAACAAGAUUUUUUAUUUUGAAUCAUUCGUUUUUUUACAAUAAACUUGGAUGAUACAAAAGUUGGACUGGAGGGAAGACAAGAGAACUGAACUAUUUGUUUUCAAUCCAGUUAGAGGACUGGGGCAAUAUAUGGUACAAAACAAGACAAACAAAUCAAAGAAACUGAUGGACAUUAGAAUAACCAUACUUCACAUUAACGGGGUAAAAGGAUUGGAUGUAUGAUCACUUUAGGGGUGACAUGAAAUGGCUAACAGUCAUAAGAUCUGUGUUUGCCCCUAAUGCAACUCAUGGAGGGCAAUCCUUUGCCAUGGGUGUGGACAAUUUACAAAUGGAAAAAACCUAUCCUUUUACAUGCCCCCUGCUUAACCCUACAAAAUGGGUCACAAGAUAU